AGGAACCUUAUGCAAUACGUCAGCGUGUGUCUCUGUACAGUUGGAAAAUGGCGAGCUGGUGUGUCCGCUCAGUGAGGCAGAGCUACUCUUUGUUAGCUUCUCCUGCGCUGAAGAGAGCUCCUCUGCGGCUGCUUUGCACAGCUACCCAGCAGAAAAAUGGCUCCGGCUCUGAGGAGGAGGCUGAGAAGCCUGAGCAGAAUGCAGCAGAGAAGGUCCUGGCUGAGGAGAAAGGCAAGCUGGAGGAGCAGCUCAAAGAGAUGACAGAGAAGUAUAAGAGAGCUCUCGCAGAUACGGAGAACUUGAGGAACAGAAGUCAAAGGAUGGUGGAGGACGCAAAGUUGUAUGGUAUCCAAAGUUUCUGUAAGGACCUGCUGGAGGUGGCAGACAUCCUGGAGAAGGCCACAGAGAGCGUCCCGAAGGAGGAGGUGACGAGUCAGAACCCUCACCUGAAGAACCUGUACGACGGCCUGGUGAUGACCGAGGUCCAGAUCCAGAAGGUGUUCACCAAGUACGGCCUGGUCAAGCUCAACCCUGAAGGCCAGAAGUUUGACCCCUACGAGCACGAGGCCCUCUUCCACGCGCCCGUGGAAGGCAAAGAGCCCGGAACCGUCGCUGUGGUAACUAAAGUGGGCUACAAACUACACGGUCGCACCCUCAGGCCCGCAUUGGUGGGUGUGGCCAAAGCCCCCUAGAACUGAUUGAUUCUAAGAGUAUUACAAAGUGGGAUUAGCCAUUUUGCCCGGGCGACGGAUGACGACGAACUCAGCAGACCGCCCGAAACCCUGAUGUCUUUAUCACACAAACUGUCCUCACUCUCAGAUCGGACCAGCAGCCAUUUCCUCCUGGUCUGCCCGGGAUCAACCUGUUUAUUUUCAGGUUCUGUCAACACAUAGAGGAAAGUACGGGGGUUUUAAAUAAAAGCAUGCUGGAUGUAAGAUCAUGAGGUUAAUGCGUUCAAUAAGUGGUACUGCUGCUGAUUCCAUUCCAAACUUCUGUUUUCAAAGUCGUGUUUUCAUGUUUCCAGUUGUACCACAUCCAAAAUUAAA